AUGGUCGACACUGCAAACAGCACAAAUCCAAGAGCGGGAGCGGGUGUUCUAUCUGUUCUGUUCUUUUUUUGGAUGAAUGACGUGUUGAAACUGGGAAAUAAGAGGUCGCUCAGUGAUCAAGAUCUGCUCCCUCUACUUGAAGACCAAAGAGCUGAACUUCUCGUGGGAAAAGCGGAAAAGAAUUGGCUCAGAGAAUUAGAGGAAAGGAAAUUAAGAAACAAGAAACCACGUCUAUGGAAGGCAUUGGUUGCCAUUAUUCCUUGGAGAUCAGCUAUGACAAUGUUAACUUUACAAGUUCUCAGGUCUCUGAGCUUUUCCCUGCUGCCAUUAUGUCUGUGGCUUUUGUUAAAAGUUUUAAACGAUGGGCCAGAACUAAACAUGAAGUUAGCGUUUUCCUAUGUGACACUCUUAGGUGCAAUGAGUGUGGUACAAGCUGUCACAACACAACACUAUGACCACCUUACAGAGCUGUGGGGACUGAAAUUAAAAGUGGCAUUAAUAGGUCUUGUUUACAAGAAGGUAAGGUCGUUUAUUGUUUAAUCAAAUAAUGGAGUAGCUAUGACUAAAUAGGAGAGUUGACACUUUUUGGGAUGAGCUGGAUUUGUGACUGUUUUUUUCUGUGAGACAUUUAGAAUCUCUGAAUACGGUAACACCUACAGUCGCUAUCUAACAACAGCACAUAACCACAUGAAAAGUGAGAAAACAGCUGUAAUAUUCAAUUUAUUCCUUGACCAUGCUAUGAGAUGAUUUACCCGCACAACUAAACACAUGACAAGGCCAUUACAUACUUGCCUUUAUUGUGGAUAACUUCGAUUUACUGCUGAAUUUCUGAGUCUAUAAGGCUAAGAACGUUUAUGUUCUUUAAUCAAGGUCAAUGCGUCAAUUUAAGUCUUUAAUUAAGUCGCAAACUUAGUUUUAAUGCCCCUCAGCAUAUAACGGAAUUAGGGCCAUUAAAAUACGUUAAAUUUAGCUUUGACAAGGUUGAAAAGGGUCGAUGUUUAUUGCUCAAAAGGGUUCCUUAAACAACGACCGGAAUAAAGCAAUUACCUUUUUUGGUUAUACAUAGGACUUUUAUCCAAAAAUCCAAGUUUCUGAUUCGUUUGAAUCAAUUGGUCACUGGGUUCAGUGCUGGGAAAUUAUUUUUUCCCCUUAACUAACAUGCACAGUUUUGUUAAAGUGAAGAGUGUUUUGAGUCCUCCCUAGUACUGUUGUGCAAAAUGGGGAGUUCAGGCACAAACGCAACACUGUAAAUCACUUUAAUUGUUUACGAUCCGAUUUGAACAAGAAUCGUGGGGACAAUUAGAGCUUUUCGGCUGAUUGAUUAAAAUAAAUUAUCCCAUGUAAAUGUUGGAAGCUGGAUCGGUCAGUAACACUUCUGCGGACGAAAAUAGUUCUGUGUUUUCUGAGGUAAAAGAAACUCUUUCAAUUUGUAUAGAUAAUCACAUGAUUUCGAGUGCAAUUUGGAAUAAAUAAGCACGAGUAUUUUUUUUUAAAGACUGGUCUUUGAAAAAAUUAACAAGAGCUUGUUUAUUCCAAAUUGCACGAGAAAAAUCAUGUAAUUACGUGUUAAUAAUAUACAUGGAAAAAUACGAGGUGGCCUAUCAUAAUUAAGCAUAAGCAAAGCGCGCGCAUCAAUUGCCAAAAUAAUUUAUUCAGACGUGCGUUCGGUCGAAACAACCGCGUACGAUCAAAACAAUAAUAUGCAAUGAUAUCUUCAUAUCUUCAAGGCGCAAAAAAGUCCAAAGUCCGGCCAAACAGUUCAAGAAAUUGUUCAGUCUGUUCGAAUCACUUUCGAUGAAAUGGAAUCGUCGUUUCUGAGGUUUAACCAUGUUUGUUUGUAAUUUCGGCGUUGGAUCGCUCGAGCAAAGUGUUAAGCUGGGUCAGCUCUCAGUUUUCGAUUUCCUUGGCAAUUCCCUUCUCUAAACACCACUUUUUCCAAACCGAUAACCAAAAAGCAGGGGUUUUUUACAGUGUUUUCGUUGUUUGAGUUGUUUUUCAGCUGCGGUGGCGAAAGAAACCCUACUUAAAACGCCGGCCAUUGUUUCGCUCGCAAAUUUUCUUGCGACAUCCAAGGCUCGCAUUCGAUUGGCUAUCUGUGAAUUUCUUUGAUUAUUGACCAAUCAGAAUUAACCCUCUUCUGCACUGAAUUAACUCUCUUCUGCACUGAAUUAACUGAAAAGUGCAUUUAUCUUACCCAAUCAGAACUGAGUAAUUUUUCCAUGUAAAUUAUUAAUUUCCUAAUACCUUAAAUUGCUAUCAGUCAAACACACUUGUGUUCACAUAAAUUGCAUUCUGAGGUAUAUCCUACCGAGGUAGAAAACUGAUAAAGUUUGUUAUCAGAUGUACGCGGGAGAAACCUCAGUAAACAUACGACCAUCGCGUUGGAACACAGGAAGACCAAACUAAGCGACCAUAGGAAUUCUAAGCUCGCAGACCGUUUCAAAUUUACUAUACAGUGCAGCACCGAUCAUAUUGAGAAAGCUGUUCUCAUUAUUUCAGGAUCGAUUUUUCAGAAAACGUUAGAGGAAUGAAGCUCAAAUUAGGCGAAGACAUAGAGCAUCAACAACUGAUCAACAGCCGUCGAAGAGAUUUCCAGCAGUUCGGCAUUAAUUGCAGUUUGGAGGGAAGAAGGUUGUAGUUGGCGGCCACUUUCUUCUCUUAACGGCCUCCGGUUAAAAGUAAUUUCGUAAAAAAAAGAUUUCAACGACUAAUGAAGGCUAAAAUGAGUCAAAUGCGUCGAUUAACAUUUCAUUUAACUUUAUUGAGAUAUUCAGACCGAGAUGUCAUUUAGAUAUGUAAUUAUCAGGGCUUCAUUCAUAACCCUCGUAGAUUUUGUUCGUCUCAUGUCAACAAUUAUCAACUACAAAAGCACAGUGUGAUCUGCCUGUGGCUGCAGUCCAAAUAUUCUCGAGCGAUUGUGAGUCGAAACGUGACAUAGGAAGAUCAAGACAGAUUUGAAUCGCAGCACAUGAAUUUGAAGAAGAUUUAAGCGUGUGUAGUAUCGUGUACAGCCGCCCACUUCUAAAGUUCCAUUCAACUAAUUGACCAGUGAGAACUAAAGUUAUAAAAAAGACACACACAUACAUAAAAAAAGCUGCGACUAUAAAAAGCCUUGAUGCGCUAGUCAGCGGACUUACCUACGAGUUACCAGAAACUGAUGGAAGGAGCGAGUGAAGUAGUAACAUUCAAAGUCCGAUCGAAACUCAGAAAAUGGCGUCAUUUCCUGAGUAAUAUUGGAAACAACGUUACAAUGCAAUAUUUCGUAUCACUACGUAUAUCGAAGGAUUUUAUUUUCUGAAAUUCCGCUUGAAGCACCUCGAUCCCACGAUCCCAAUGUCCUUUUUGCCUAUAAACAGAAUUUGAACCCGUUCUUUUCAGGUUGUUUCAUUGGAUCGUUACAGCCUAAUAAAUACAGCAUCUGGAAACACCAUAAAUCUAGUAUCAAAUGACGCACAGAAAAUAGAGAAGUCUCUGAACCAAAUGGGCAUGGUGUUAUCUGCUCCAAUAGAGCUCGUGAUCAGUAUUCUGAUCUUAUGGUACCUGGUCGGUUGGGAAGCUCUCACUGGUGCUGGUAUGUUUUUCUGUCUCGUGGCGUUUCAAGUUUUAUUGGCGAAAAAAGCUGCCAGCCUAAGCGAGAAAGCAGCUUCUUUCACAGACGAGCGGCUGAUGGUAAUGAAUGAAAUUAUCUCUGGAAUACGUGCAGUAAAGAUGUAUGCCUGGGAGUGGAAUUUUAGAGAUCUUGUGCAUGACCUUCGCAGGUAAAAAGAAAAAAAAAUACGUGUAAAUAUGUUAGAAAGGGUAAAUGGUUUGAAGCCAGGAGUAGUAAUGUGCUAGUCUGAAGAGGUCGAUGAGUCUUUCGUCACAGGAAGUUAUCGUUUAGUUUUGUUUUGUUUUUUCGCAGAAAGGAGAUGUCCGUUAUACGCUUAAAAGGUGUCAUAGUUGCCAUCUUAGUCGUUUUGUACUUCACAACACUUCCGAUCGCCUCUCUCAUCUCGGUAGUAACAUUGGCGUUUACGGGGACACAGUUAUCUGCAUUUACGGUAUUUACUCUGCUUUUGGGCUUAACAACAAUCAGGGCGACAUUUUGCUACAAUUUGAGUAUGUCUAUGCAAAUGGUCGCAGAUGCAGUAGCAGCACUAAAUAGAAUUCAGAAGUUUCUUGAAAAACAGAUAUCUAACUAUGUGGCUAAACCUGAAGGAUCCCGAGAAAACGAUGAUCGGCUCUUGACAAAGCUAAGAGUGAAAGAAUAUGGGUUGGUAAAUCCUAUCUUCUCUGUCAAGGAAAGUGAUAAUCACGCUAGGGGAACUCAACAUCAAAAUAAUGGCGAGCUCUCAACAGACCACAUAAACUUUGAGGACGAGAACCCUGAGAGCUCGAAAAGUAAUGUGUUCGUCAAGUUAACUAACUACAAGAGGCGGAAAAACUCCUCAGGCAAACCACAUCAAGCAAGCAUUCAAAACUCCCCAGCCAUAAGUACUUCAACGGUCCCCUUGGAUGACACACCUUACUUGCCCCAGGAUAGACCGGUUUGGCUAACUACUCAUGGAUCUAUUGAAGAACAUCAAGGAAAUGCCUCUCACUUUAAAAAGCUGUGCCUCUCAAUCACUAAUGUUUCUUGCUCUUGGAACCAAAAGGAUCUACCCAAUACCUUAACUGGCAUUACUUUAGACAUCAUAAGUAGCAAAAUCCUCGCUAUAAUAGGUGAAGUUGGAAGUGGAAAGUCAACCCUGUUACGAGCCGUCCUUGGAGAACUACCUCUUCACGAGGGAAAGAUUUCUUAUCAAGGCAAGAUAGCCUAUGCUCCUCAAGUACCUUGGGUAUUCUCUGGAACCAUAAGAGAGAACAUUUUGUUUGGGCUUCCAUUUGACGAGCAGAAGUUUCAACAUGUUGUAGAUAUAUGCGGUUUGACCAAAGAUUUUACGGAUCUCGUCCAUGGCGAUCUCACAGAGAUCGGAGAGCGAGGAGCAACCCUCAGUGGUGGUCAGAAAGCGCGGGUGGGAUUAGCACGAGCAGUUUAUUCAGAUGCCGAUAUUUACUUACUUGAUGAUCCAUUAAGUGCAGUGGAUACUAAAGUAGGAAAGAAACUGUUCGAGGGUUGUAUUUGUAAUCAUUUGUCUGGCAGCAUACGUUUAUUAGUCACUCACCAGCUGCAACAUUUGAAAGGUCUGGAUCACAUCGCUGUAAUGAAGAAUGGCUCAAUCAUCAAUGAGGGAACCUUCACGGAACUUAGACAAGACGGGACAUUUUCUGAUCUCGAGGAAUUGUUCAAGCACCAUGUGCAUGAACAGAGACGGAAAAGCUCGCUGAGUCACUUCCAAUUUAGCAAGGAAGGACAUUUCACUAGGAUGACGAGCCGACGUCGAUCAUUUGUUUCACCUACUGUCUUGAAAACUACAGAUGACUGCCCAAAGAUUUCAAGAAGUGUAACUAUGUUUGAGUUAAGAGGUAAAAAGCCCCAAAGAAAGUUGUCCAACUCAAAUUUUCUCGCAAAAUGCAAAGGUAACAAAGAAACAAGCAUCUUGGAAUUUGAAGGUAAUCAAGAGUUGUCUACAGCGGAGGAGAGAGAUCGUUUUCUCCUUUCAAAAAUGGAACCAGUGCCCAGUGCUCCGGAACAACCCGUUGCUGGUAUAAAAGAAGACGAAGAAAAUUUGAUGUCUGGCACUGUCACCUGGCGACUUUAUUGUAAAUAUUUCAAGGAGGGUCUACCACUACCCAUGAUCUUGGUUCUUGCAGUUUCCUUGAUAGCAGCACAAGGUAACGACAGUUUUCAUUUCAGUUUUCAGAGGCCCGCAUGAAUUCUUUUUUCUAUCAUCACAAACAGGCAAUUUUCAAAAAAGGAAAAAAUAUCUUAUUUUUACGAAAGAAAAUCCUGCGUUCAGCCAACAUCUAUCUUCAAAAUCAACAACCGAGUUCUUGGAGGUUACGGAAUGAUUUUUAAUACAGCAUGUCUACAUUUUGGUAACAAAGUUCAUGAAUAACAUGCGCAUGCGCACGCGCACAUGUGUAAACGUAUCGCACGUUCGAGGUUCCUUAGCAUGUUAGGGGCUUUCUCAUUUCUUAGCAUGGUAAAGGCAAUCUUACCAUUAGAGGUUUUUUGAUCUUGAACUUAAAAAUAUGACAAGGAAGUGAAAACCAGCAAGAGGUUCAUUCACGACCUUUAAGGGAAAAGAUCCCUUUUAUUGUUAAUUCAACUUACGACAGCUUUUUUUGGCAGAAGCGUUGAGUUCCGCACUGAUGUUAAGAUCCUUUCUUCAAUGGCAUCGUCUUUGGCUAUUAAUUAUCGUUCAAAUAACUGUAGGAGAAUAUUAAAAUACAUUUAAUUUACCUUAAGGAUUUUUAUAAUAAAGUUCGGAUAUAACGCGCGCUGUCAUUGGUUGAAAGAGCGUUCUCUAUGAGAGUAUAGAGCAUAGAACUGAGCUACAGCUGUCACGCCAUCUACCAAUUGUACUAUGUUCGAGCUUUUCCGGGACUUCUUUUGAGCUUCUUUCCGAUAAUUGAAAGUGAAAUUUCGGAACUGAAGCGAGCCGGCAAGUGGCAACAGAAGAAUCAAACAAAGGUUUGUAAAUAUACCAGGUGCCAUCCUCAAAGGAAAAACAAAAUAAACAUUCCGAGUUUUAAAGAUUUUCACGCUCAGUUAGAUUGCAAGCUUACGUACGGUAAUAAAAAUCAAACACAGCUAACACUCGUAUAGUAUAUAAAGUUCAGUGUUCAAAAACAAAACAGAACAAAACAGAAAUGAUGAAAAAUAUAACCAAACUGGCAUAAUUGUUAAAAUUCAUACUAAUCAUGACGGUGUCUGAGCGAAUAUGAUCAUGCUAAGUUCAUCGCGGCUCGCUCAUCAUGGCGAUCUCCGGUCAUCACAGUAAAGCAAGCCUCAGAAACUACAUCUGCCGCCUUUCGAGCAAAAAAUAAGAGCUUGCUCUGAUAUCUUUUCCGAUACGUUGAGUGGCAAUUCACAUUAGUCACUGCAGCUGAGUUUUGCGGCGCUGUCAUCACGUGCGAUCUUCAUGUUCCGGUGAAUUCGGCUGUCGUUCAUACAAAAAACACUCGCCUUGAACAGUUUGUUUUCUACCUUGUCAUGUGAAAAAACUCGCGUGUUUUUAUGAGCCAUAAUUCGGCUGAAGUUCACUGAACAUUUAACUUCAAGAUUCUGUAUUAGAGACUUAAAAACUUCAGGCAAAAGUGUUAAAUUCGACUUGCCGAACUAUUUUAGUUGGUAAACUAUCGUAGAAUGUGAACUUUGAUGGUUUGACACUUUUGACAGCUUUAGUCUUGUAAAGCCAAUCAGACUAUUUGAACCAUUCUAACAGGGAUUCUGAUUGGCUUAUUGUAGCGUGCUUUAUGAGAGUAUAGAGUAUGCUGACGACAUUGUUGUUCGCUUUGGAAAUAAAGUUUGUUUUGAAAAUUGAAAGUAAUGCUUGGGGAAUUUAACAGAUUCUUUAUUAUAAAACAAAUAGAGAAGCCUUGACUGUGCUCUCGACUACGUCUCGUGUUUCUCCCUACACUUCUUUCGUGCUGUAGCCGCUUCCUGCGUGCUUUAUAACAGAACAGAGCACAGUCAAGGCUUCUCUAUUUGUUAAGUAGGGUCUUGAUUUUGUACCUAACGCCUUCUUUUCAUCAGAUCAGGAUUAAGACUUCUUUUCUAAUACUUGAAAUGUUUCAGUUUCCCUAAUAGUUCCAAACUGGUGGUUGGCUAAAAUUGCUGAGAUGUCAAAUGAAAAGCAGAAAGCCGUGGACACCCAUGUUAUUUACGCCAUUCUGGUUGCUGUGUCAAUCAUUAUCUUGACAGCAUCGUCUUUAUUGUUUUAUUACAUUCUCCUAAAAGCGUCCGAAACCCUGCACAAGAAAAUGACCAUAGCGACAAUCAAGGCUCCUGUGUUUUUUUUCGACACAAACCCAGCUGGUCGUAUCCUCAAUCGAUUCUCCAGAGAUAUUGGCUGCAUGGACGACGUUUUACCGCCUCUGUUCUUGGAAGCCAUCAAGUUUUCCUUAUUCUCGCUAUGUGCUGUUUUGGUUCCUGUAGCAACAAACUACUGGCUUUUCUUGGCCCUACUUCCAAUCAUUGCGAUAUUUGGCUAUUAUGCGCGUUAUCAAUUGAAGUCUUCACGAGGACUGAAAAGGAUCGAGGCAAUCAAGUGCAGCCCUGUAUACUCACAUAUCACAGACACCUUAAAUGGACUUGAAAUAAUUCACACUUCAAAUAUGGACGACGCCUUUAUAGAAAAGUUUUACAGGUUAGCUCACGAGAACUGCUGUCAACAGUUUGAAGCUCGACUGCAAGUUAUUGUCUUCAACUCUUCCUUUUUUUUAAAAAAAAGAUUUUACCCUUGUGGUAAACUUUGAGCAGCAAGAUAGGAAAAUGAUAAGAAUUGUUACUAUCUUUUCUCGGUGACAUCUGUUUAUAACGCAAAGGUUCAGCACAGUUUGACAAGGUUCAGCAUAGUUUGUCAAAUUUCUGGCCUUUCAAGUGUUUGUUAUUGCUUAAGAGAUUUGAGUUUAAUUUAAAUUUUUUGAAAUAGCAGAGGUUAUUUCCAAGUAGUUCGCUCAAUGGAAGUUGUUUUUUCUUCUUUCGUUACCUGUUCCCCUUUUUUAUCAGAAUUCAUUCACUGUGUUCAGACCAAGAAAAAUUGGCCUUGUUAGCUAUAUUCAUUUCUUCCAUGAACAAUUUGGAUCAAUUCUUUCUCAUGAAGGUAUCAGGACGAGAACACACAAGCUUUCAUUAUGGUGAUAUCAUGCACCCGCUGGUUGAGUAUUCGCUUGGAUCUGAUGUGCAGUUUGUUUGUCACGAUUGUCGCAUUAACUGCUAUUUUGGUCGUAGAAAAUCCUGGUGAGUACACGCAAGCAUUUGCUGAAACAAUGCGGGAUACGUUCUUGUUACAAUUUUUUUCUCCGCCUCACUUAACUCUUUUAACUCACUUUUAAGAGGUGUGUACAGAACGAUAAAGUGCUUGGAAUUUCAUUUGGCUGGUUUAUCUCUCCUUGGGUAUACUAUAAUGCCACAAAAAGCUUGCUUGGCUAGGAAUUCUUAAUUGUUAAAACCAUGCCCUCCUUCUUGCCUCCCUCAAAUAUCAAUCCCAGCAGUCCCAAACCAGCCAACUGCAAUAUCGCAGUUUAUUUUGGAGACUUUUUUCUUUCAGUACUGGCUGGACUCGCUUUAACGUACGUACUGCAAUCUCUGGAUCUCACACAAUAUUCUGUACGUCUGACCUCAGAAGUAGAAAAUCUGAUGACAUCAGUUGAGCGAGUGAUGUCAUAUGCAAAGAUUGGCUCUGAGCCCGGUUACAGCAUUGAAACCCGCCCCCCUCAGUCAUGGCCCGACAAAGGAAGCCUGAAAAUAAAGCAACUUUCUUUAGCUUACUAUGAAGGCGGACCUUGUGUAUUAAAGGACAUCACCUUUAACACUUAUGAGAGAGAAAAGAUUGGAGUUGUGGGUCGAACUGGCGCUGGAAAGUCAUCUCUGGUGUCUGCUUUGUUCCGUAUGCCAGAACCCUCAGGGAAGGUAAUAGUAUGAAAUGAUGCAAGUUAGCUUUAUUCGCUAUAUUCAAGUCACAUUGGUUUAAAUUUGGGAAGAAAGCAGCAAGGCUUAGGCUCCUUGUGACAAAAAUGUCUCAGUUAUAUAUUAAGUUUGUGAAACGAUUGGUACCCUGGCCUUUCACGACCUGGAUUUUAUCACCACUAAAUUUAUACCUGCAGGUAGACAUAAGGUGAACUAAAAAUUUUCUUAAAUCCAUAAUUCAUAUUUCAUCUGCGCAGGUGUUCAUCGAUGGUGUUGACCUUACAUCUAUCAAUCUACAGGAGGCUCGGAGGUCCAUGGUCGUUAUAACGCAAGAUCCAGUGCUCUUUGCUGGAACAUUGAGAAAGAACUUGGAUCCAUUCAUGGAUCACACAGAUGCAGAGCUCUGGAUGGCGUUGGAAGAAGUGCAGUUGAAGGCUCUUGUAGAGGAUCUCCCAGAUCAGCUCCAAUUCAAACUGAAAGAAUCCGGAGCAAACUUCAGCGUUGGUGAGAGGCAGCUGAUCUGUUUGGCUCGAGCUCUGGUCCAGAAGAGCAAGAUCAUUGUCAUGGAUGAAGCCACUGCCAAUGUGGAUUUCAAGACUGACCGUCAGAUCCAGCAGGUUAUUCGUCACAAGUUUAAAGACUCCACGGUGCUUACCAUUGCUCAUCGUCUCAACACCAUCAUGGACUAUGACAAGGUUCUGGUUCUCGAUGGUGGACGAGUAGUGGAGUUUGAUGAACCCGAAAUGUUGAUGAGAAACGGUGGAACAUUCGCUGAAAUGGUGAAGAGCCAGACCCAGAGCAGGAAAACUAAAAACUGA